UGGUUGGUGGUUGGGGGGGUGUUGGACUCAAAGCAGCCUUUCAUUCCAGCUCGGUUCCUAUUGGAGAGCUUGGAGAGAUACUUUUUUUCUUCCUUCCUGGCCAUACCGUACAGCGGGCUAUACCUCUUCUGGCUCGUGGCCAAUGGGAAUGGGAACUGUCAGAAAGCACUCCGCUGGUUGACAUCGCAGUAAUUAUUUGACCCCUCCAAUAAGCACUCUCUGACUGGACCUCCUCUAUUGGUUUGUUUGGUGUACCAGGGGCUGGGGGCGGAGAGGUGAGAGGUGGGGAGAGGAGAGGUAGGUGGUUUCUUAAAGAGGAAUGAAAGAGGGUCUUUGUCCUGAAAAUGUUUUCCUUUUAUUUUUUCACCCACUCCCCUGCUUCCUCUCUCCACUCCUCUCUCCUUUCACCUUUGGGUUUUUUCUGGGGUGUGUGGCCAAAAAUCAUUUGUUGGGGGUGAGAGUAUAUAAAGGUCCUUCAGGAGUUGAGAUUCCUCGCACUCACUUUGAAAGGGUUUCUGUCCAAAGGAAGGUUGACCAGGAGAGUCCAGGGCAGAGCUGACCAUGAACAGAUUAGCGCUCCUAUGUCUCUGCCUAUGUGCAGCAGUCUCACUAAUCAAUGGGAAGCCCAGCAGGAAAGCAGAGAAGCUCAGGAGGUCCAAACCCCUGGUAGUAACUGACUCAUCUGAACCGGAUGAUACUGAUGAUGCUCUCCUCCUCGGUAAGUUUUCAACAUGCUCUUGGAAAAGGGUGGUGGAAAGUUAGAUGGAGGAAAUAUGCAUGCAUACUUCCCAGUGCUUCUAGUUUUUGUGAUUAUAGAGUGUUUACCCAAGUCAAGGGUGGUCCACAAUCCUUCACAAAGAACUGCAUUCAGUUUUCUAAGACUGAAUUGGAGUGUGGGGCUUGUAUCAGUUUCAUGUGGACUUUACCUGUGGAUCAUCUGUCGUGCAGGUGAGUAAUGCUGUGUCUGUCUGUCUGUCUGUCGGUCUGUCUGUCUGUCUGUCUGUCUGUCUGUCUGUCUGUCUGUCUGUCUGUCUGUCUGUCUGUCUGUCUGUCUGUCUGUCUGUCUGUCUGUCUGUCUGUCUGUCUGUCUGUCUGUCUGUCUGUCUGUCUGUCUGUCUGUCUGUCUGUCUGUCUGUCUGUCUGUCUGUCUAUUACAGGACGGAGCAGGCAGUGCUCGGUGAAUGGGAUGUCCCUGUUUGACGGGGCCAUGUGGUCGCCUCAGCCCUGCCUCGUGUGUCAGUGUCAGAUGGGAACUGUCAGCUGUCACUCUGUCACCUGCGCCGGUAAGCUGGCAGCUGCUCAAAUAACAAACGUUUACUAGCUACAUUUACACUGCAGCCAGUUUGUACGUCUGCCUUCACUCCUAUUGUUCAUCAUUCAAGUUGUAGAUUGUUAUUGAACGAUUAUACUCUUAUUGGUUGUUAUUAGAUUUCAUGGCAGCUUUCUAGUUGAAAUGGUCCAUGCUGCAUAAAUUGUACAAAUUGAUCAGGGCAUGGAAUUGAACAUACAUAUAUGUGUACAUAUAUACUGUAUAAAUGUGAAUUUAACAUAUAUUGCCCUUUCCCUCAGGUUCAAACAACCAGCAGACAGUGGCUCCCAAAGCCAAGAAGCCCUCCCCUAAUGCAGAGGAGAAAGAGGGGAUCCCAAAGCGGAAGAAGAGUCUCCAAAGAAGAGCAGGAAGUCAGAAGAAGGUGGAGCGGCCUGUUACUCCAGCGAAAGCGGUGGGUGCCCACGGGAAUAUGAAGAGGGCAAUGCUAUAGGACCUGCACAGCAAAUGAACUAACAAUGCUUUAAAUGUUGUUUGCCCCGUGUAGCUCAGUUGGUAGAGCAUGGCGCUUGCAACGCCAGGGUUGUGGGUUUGAUUCCCACGGGGGGCCAAGGGGGCCAGUAUGAAAAUGUAUGCACUCACUAACUAACUGUAAGUCGCUCUGCAUAAGAGCGUUUGCUAAAUGACUAAAAUGUAAAUGUUUAUGACGCAGGUUGACGUUUAUUGUCAUUAGUCUUGUCCUGGAGGCAGAACUGGGCGAUUUAGGGUUAGGAAUUAGGGUUAGCAGUCUGGUUAAGGUUAGGGUUAGGUUUAAAAUCAGAUUUUAUGACUUUGUGGCUGUGCCAGCUAGUGACCACUUUGCAGAGCUGCCUACAGAACAAGAUUCAUGAUGAAAAACACUAACCUGCGUUUAUGACUAAGUAUUGACUGACAGGGAUAUUUGUGAGGGCAAUGAGUCACCAAAUGAAUAAUAAUUUUAAAUAUAUUAUAAUUGUAUAUAUUUUGUGUGUGAUGUCUAUGUUGUAAAACCCGUGGCCACCCAGAAGAAGAAGCAAGAAGAAGCUGUGAAAAAACAGGAAGUGGUGGUGAAGACAGAGGUCAGGAGGGCCGAGGUCCCUGUGGCCAAAAGGCGUGGCCCGAAGAUAACCAAAGUCAGCCUUCCAUACCUUCCCUACGAUGACGAUGAUGAUGACGAUCACGAUGACCACGACCACAACGAGCAUGAUGAUGAUGAUGACGACGAUGACAAUUACAUCAUCAGGGCCAUGGGAAAAUCCACCAUGAGGGCCACCGUGCACCUGGCUGUGGCACCGACGGGGAGACCAGUCACCAUGGUGACUGGCCGACUGGCUACGACCACCACUAGGAAACCCGUGGCGAGGGCGCCGGGGCCGGAACAUCCUGUGGUCACAUUCCCCAGGAAACACAGCAUCAUGGAGUCUCUCCCUGCUGGCUGCCUGCUCUUGGAGUCUCUGAUCACCUGUGGCAGCACUGGCAUGGCCCACAUCCCCAUCCUCUCAGACCAGGGGGUCAAGACCCUCUAUCUGGCAGGUGAGGAGAUACAGAGAUCUCACAUGUUCCUUACAGGGACAAUUAGCAGAGUCAAGAGGGGGGACAAGAAUAUGGUUUAUUAAGAUGGGUAGCUAUGUUUAAUCAGUUUGAAUUUCGUGAAGGCAAAGGAUUUAUCUAUAAUGGCUUCAAUACAAUCAAAUGUGCUUUGCGGUGCAUACACAGUUGCAUAUAAACAUAGUUUGUACACAAAGAUACUGCAUAAACACUAAUGCAGGUCCAAUGGCAUGAGGGCCCAGGUUUUUCUCUGUUUGAGGUGGCUGGGUCAGCUUGUGUUCUAUUCUCUUAUCAGACAAUAAGAUCAGUAAGAUCCCUCCCCAGGCUCUGGCUGGGCUGCCCAACCUGGAGUGGCUGGACCUGAGCAAGAACAAGCUGGACGACUCCUCCAUCAGCCCUGACCUGUUCCAGGUGAGUCUCGGAGCGUAUUUCUUCUCAACACAUUUGGCUUUGGUUCCAGUUGGACCUCUACUGCGCCGCCAGACCCACCUACAUAUCUCAGCCUCAUGUUACUAAGGGCUCUAUUGACCAUUCUCAUGCUGCAUUACCUGGAUUCCUCUCAGUCUGUUAUGAUAGAAUAUAAACAUGUAGUGUUAUAGAACAGGGUUUUCCAAACUCGGUUCUGCCCCUCCCCCCCCGGGUGCACGUUUUGUUUUUUGUCCUAGCAUUACAAAGUUGAUUCAAAUAAUCAAAGAUUGAUGAUGAGUUGGUUAUUUGAAUCAGCUGUGUAGUGCUAGGGCAAAAACCAGAAGUCGACCAUUGGGGGCCCAGGACGGUUGAAUCCCUGUGUUGCAAUAAGUACUAGGGUAUUGUCAGUACAGUCAAGCUAUAUACGACCAAUUUUUUGCCAAGAGUCCAAUCCCUGUUCCCAACUUAGUGUCGGUCCCAUUAUGCCAAGAGCUCAAGUGAAACUCCCCGGUGAACGGGUUGAAUCUCACUAGCUGUUGCAUAAUCUGGGAAAUGUCAGAUAACAAAACACAUCAUGAAAAACAUCAGACAAUAUGACAAGGGUUGAAAUUCAAUCAAUUCCCCUGAUGCCAGAACUACAUUUAAAACUCCUGGGGCCUUAUGUCACUAUCGCCUUAUAACCAGAGUUGCAAUUGUAAAAAAUCUAAUAAAAUAGACAAGGUGUUUCAUUGGCGCCUUGGAGAAAUAAUAUUGAGAGAUAGAGUGGACAUUGGUACAUCUUCAGCAGUUAGAAUUCAGUCUUUGUUCUAAUGGAGGGGGCCUGGUCUCUUGGCUCUGUUCCUGGCUUGUUUCAGAUCCUAACCAAGCUGAGGAGGCUGAAUCUAGAUGGCAACAAUCUGACCAAAGUCCCCUCGUUUCUACCGCCGUCCCUGGUGGAGCUGAAGAUCAAUGACAACAAGAUCCUGGGCCUCACACCUAGCAGCUUUAAAGGUAUAUGAUUGUGAGAUUUACAGAGAGAGAGAGAGAGAGAGAGAGAGAGAGAGAGAGAGAGAGAGAGAGAGAGAGAGAGAGAGAGAGAGAGAGAGAGAGAGAGAGAGAGAGAGAGAGAGAGAGAGAGAGAGAGAGAAAGAGUACAAAGCUUUGUUCUGAUAGGAUGUGCAGAAUAGUUCUUUAGCAUUGUUGGCAUAGCCUAUUUGGCAACAAAUAUCUGGAAAACAAGUCAAGUAACUACAUUGGAUAUUAUUGACAUGUUGAUAUUGUCGUGUUGCGAUUUGAAAACGUGUCUCUCUUCAGGUUUGUCCAAACUGCUGACUCUGGAGCUUGAGGAUAACCACUUCCACGAUGGGAAUGUGUCACCUUUGACCUUCCGGCCCCUGAAGAAACUAAUCUAUCUGCGACUGGAGGACAACAAGUUCCGGGCCAUCCCCUCGGGGCUUCCUACGACCCUGCAGGUCAGUGAUUGGACAAGGUGCCUGUGGUGCCAUUGUAGUGAGCAUGCAAGAGCCAAUGACAUGCAGUAAGUAGCCUCAAUCCAACAGAGGAGUUUAGCUUGGGGAGGCAUGACUUUCUGAGACAUGUGGGUCAAUCAAACGUUCCCUUAUUUGAAAUGUGUCUUGGGUGCAGAGCGAUGAUGGCGUGGUAACACUCCCCGGCACAUGUCACAUAUACAACUCCCCACUGGAGACCAGGGUUCAAUCCUUGCGUCCAGCCUUCCCACAGUUUUCCCCACUUGCCUAUCUCCACACCUAAUUUCCCCACUGUCUGAAUAAAGUAAAAAUAUGUAUAAUAAAUGAAAUACGUCUUGGUAUAGUCCACAGACUCUUCAAUAAUGUAGUAACAUGACAGAGGCUUCUGAUGUUUUACUAAACAUGCAGGUUUUUUUUGUAAUUGCGAGCUUGGUCCACACAUAUCACAAACUCCCGAUCUGUAGUGUGUAGACUGAUUAGGUCCCCCUCACCCCCCUAACAACACAGUAGGUCCCCCUCACCCCCCUAACAACACAGUAGGUCCCCCUCACCCCCCUAACAACACAGUAGGUCCCCCUGAACCCCUAACAACACGGACACUCAAGGUGUUUUGCUGCUUGUAUUUCCAGACACUUCACCUGUCGGAUAACAGAAUAGAAGAGGUGCAUGAGAGGAUCCUUAACAAGACCGUCAACCUCAGGUUUCUGGACCUCAGUCAUAACAAGAUCCGGGAGGACCGCAUAGCCCCAAGGGCCUGGAUAAACCUGUUGUAAGUCCCAACAACCCAACCGCUCUCCAGUCUUACUUUUGCAGCAUUUAGGAGGUUAUUGUUCAGUGCAAUGAUUGCUGAUUACUGCUACUCUGGUUUUGAUCGCCACCUUGAGGGGAAUAUUGGAACACAUUUUAUUCCUAUUCUAGAUUCUUGUUGUCUUUUAAUACUAACAUACAGUAUUUCAGAUCUUGCAGGAAAGUGACCUCUGUAUUUACUUUAUGAAUGUAUUGAAUAUAAUUUUUUUUACAAACAAUGUAGUGAAAUGCAUGAAUAUAAACAUGAUUGCAUACAUGAUUCUUAAGCAAAACUCUAAAUGGUGUAAUUCAUCUGGCACUCAGUGCAUGUGUUGAUCUCCCAGUUUGAGUAGCAAUAAUGAGCGGAAAAUAUAAUGUUUGCAGGGCACAAUUUUAAUUGCAUAUUUGAAGAAAAGGAGAAAGGGGAAAAAAGAGAAGAGAGGGAAAAGCAACAGAAGAUAUUGUUUUGGGACGUGCUGAUGUGGCUGGCUACACAGCGGAUCAGCAGAAACAGUCCAGCUUUAUGAUAGGUUGUGGAGAGAGUCAAGCCCAAAGGGAGGGACUGCUGGCCAUCUGCCUUUGUAUGAAGGCUCUUAGUGGUUUGAAACUCCUACAAAGUCGUGGCAUAGAUGUGAUGGAUAAGAUGGAACCCUCUGGUGAAAGAUUGGGAAACAUUGAACCAGCCUUCUAAAGGAAAGGUGGACUAGUAAUAUAGUCCUAAAAUGGAAAAAGUCCCCUUUUAAUCUCAGUCAAUUGGAGACAUAAUGCAGUAUAUUCAUUACCUUCUAUCUCUUCAUGUCUUUUCAUAUAUUGAGCAAAAUAUCUCCCUGUAUUUUCCCUACCAUUUCAGAAAGUUGGAGUCGUUGGAUCUGUCGCACAAUAAGCUGGUGCAUGUUCCCUCCUUCCUCCCUGUGGGCCUAAAGCAGCUCCACCUGCACCACAACCAGAUUGAGCGGAUCCCUGGCUACGUGUUUGGCCACAUGAAACCGGGGUUGGACCUCCUUCACCUGUCCCACAACAGGCUAAGCAAUGACGGCAUUGAUAAUGUAUCAUUCCUGGGUCUGUACAACUCUCUGACUGAACUCCUGCUGGACCACAACCAGCUUCGCUCCAUCCCAAGGGGGCUACUGAAGCUCAAGAGCCUGCAGCUCCUCCGCCUCAACCACAAUGUUAUCAGGUAACUCAACCACAACGUUAACAAACUACUCAACCACAAUGUUAUCUGGUAAGUCAACCUCAGCGUUAUCAGGUAACUCAACCACAAAGUUAUCUGGUAGCUCAACUACAACAUUAUCUAACAUAACUAAGUUCCUCUCUCUGUCCUCUUCCUCCCACUGGGAGAUGAACCAACUUUUUUGAAGAGCACAGUACUGUACUCUUUUUUCGAAAUAGAGAUAGCCAGUUAGCCACAUGCAGUCUAACCAUAAUGGCCCAUCCAAAUCUAUUGUGAAUCUCAAUGUGUAAUUUUGUUUCUCUCUCAGUUGUUAUUUCCUUUAGUCGGAUCAAAGGUCCUUCUGUCUUGUCUGAGUAUUCUGUCUUUCUGUCGGUGGUCACUAAGUGUCCAUCAUCUGUCUAAAUGUCUGUUUUUUUCUCUUCCCUGCAGGUACGUUCCUCUGAACUCUCUGUGUGACACGCGCCUGAGCGAAGACUCGCCUCUAGUUUCCAUUCACCUGGAGUACAACCUGAUUGACCGGCGCCUCAUCCCGCCCACCGCCCUCUCCUGCAUCAAGACCUACCACAGCAUCAUACUACGGCCCCAGAGUCACGAGGAAGAUUACCACCAUGAAGAUUACUAGUAUCCCCCUUCCUCCCCUCCCUCCUUCUUUUUCCCCCCCUUUCUUCCACCCCGUCAGUUUGUCCUGGGUUUGACCUAGUCGGCGUGCCUCAUUACAUCAUUUCCUCUGAGUCUGUCUCUGAUUAUCUUCUUCUCUGAUGAGUUGUGAUUAGGUUAUUCAGACUUAUGAUACCCACGCUGUAUGCAACAGGUGAACUUAGACUUCUAUCCUAAGUCUUACCAUAAGUCUAGGGCAAUGUUUAUGCAACCAGCCCUUUGUGAGUGGGCUUCAUUAUCACAAGUAAAAAGAAAGAUUAUGUGUUUGUCUUUUACCUGUUUCACAGAUUCACUCUGUAAGGCAGUGUUAGGUUUUACUUUAAUCUUGCUUGAUAGUAGCAUGUAUCGAAAGAAAAAGAAUGUGCAGUUACCCAGGGAGAUCAAGGUAGCUACUUGACAGUAGUGAGAGCCAAAGAUGUCCAGGUGCCCUCUACACUACACUCACUGUUGUUUUUUAUGAAUUGAUGAACAACUGUUUCAACUUUGUGACCAACUUGUGUAAAGAAACAUUUUGAAAAUAAAACAUUCACUAUUAAAUAAUUGCUAUUCAUUGUCUAUAGUUACUUUAAAUAGCCUGAGUAGAUCUUAGUAACUCUAACAAUCUACAUGUGCAGCACUGGGUAGAGGCAGUUGCUGGUUGUUUUAUCCUUAGUGGAUGCUGUAUUUGCCCUUUAAGUGGUGGCAUAGUUCAAAAUGGUUUAUUUUGGGCAUAUAUCUUAAAUAAAAUGUGCUUAGCUCACCAGGAGUGGUUGGAUUGUAAUUGGUGUAUAUACUGUAGAUCUCAAACUAAAAUGUCUCUCUCUCUGUUUGUCACACACACACACACACAGCAACGAAAAGGGGACUGGACCAAUUAUUGGUUAUGGCUUAAAAUACUAGUUUUUUUCCUUUUGGUAACUCCUUCCGUGGUGCUGUGCAGAGCUCUGACGCUGCUGGCAGAUGGACUCACAGAUAAAGGAUCAUCCCAUGGAAUAAAACACUUGUCCUGCAUAUCAGUUUAUGAGGUUUAAUUCAUCUUUAUUUAAAAAAAUUAAACCUCUAAACUUACUUUUUUUUUUUUUACUGAAACGGUAAGUGUCUUCCUGUUUCAUUAUGACUGACAUAGUACAUUUAUUUGAGCUUCUUGACUUAAAGAUGAUCGUAUAUUCAGUAUCAUUUACAGUAAGAGGACACUAUAUGCUACAAGUUUAUUUCACAGUUGGUUGAAUAUUCUGCAUUUGAAACAUUUUUUAUUGUUAAAGUAAUAUAUAACAUUUGAAAUGGACUAUUACGUUUUAAAUUAUUUGUUUUAGCCUUCUGGGUCGACACAACCCUCCCUAGCCUACAAAUUCUAUAUUCCUUUUAUAGCUUUGGCCAUAGUUGAUCAAUUCCCCUUGAGACAUAACAAACAUGGACAAUUUCAUAAACAUUCAAAACUUCGAGCCACCCCAUACUGUAGUUAAAGUGCUCACUGCAGGGAGACAAGUCUAUUACAAAAUGAUAGACUAAGAAUUUAAUUUAACAGCAAAUAAGUCAUUUUUGUGUAUGUCAUACAUCUCAUUCACUGUAUUUAUAAAUUUGACCCUCCAGCCUGGUCUCAUAGACUAAAUGUAACAUAGUAAAUGUCUGGUUACAUAAGACAGAAGGUUACUUAAGGCAAAAACAUUUUAGCUAAUUAACAGCUUUGCAACGUUAGCCACAACAAAUCGGAAUUCGUAACAUAUUGUAAGAAUUGCAAUUCGUAACAUAUUGUAUGAAUUGCAAUUCGUAACAUAUCCUACAAAUUGUAAUUCAUAACAUAUCAUACGAAAUGGAUGAUGGACAGCCACAAAUUAAUACAUACCAUACGAAACAUAACAUAUCAUAAUCAUUUACUUUUACUAUGUUACGUCUACCCCUGGGUCCAGGUUGGACCCUAUGCUGAAAUAGCUUAUGUUUUGGGAAAAGAGUGGCUGUGACAGAGUGGGGGCUGGAUUCAAUCCGUAUCUCAGAAGUAUCGCAGAAGAUCCACAUAAAAAUGUAAAGGUAAUUUCCAAAUGAACCGACAUAUGCAGUGUUUUACCGUGAAUGUAGUCUCCACAAACGUGGGAACAAAAUUUAAAUCAAGCUAUAAUGCGGAUCUUCCACAAUACUUCUGCAAAACGGAUUGAAUCCAGCUCUUUGUCUAUAAAAAACCUUUCCUGAGACCAGCCAGUUAUGUGGCUUCUAGGGCCUUACUGUGGUAAAGGGUGUGGGAGUUUGACUCCUGAGACAGGGAGGAAGCAGGCCUUUCACAACACGUGGCAAAGGCAGGGAAAAGUCAAACUCCAGAGUAAAGACUCUUUGCUCAUAUGAAAAAAUAACUUUGAAGAACAAACCAAUUCAAUGCUUUUCUUAUUUUCAACAAGAAACCUCGAACUGAAGACUUAUCCGAGAUUAUCCCAAAUUACCUUAGGGCAUCUAUUGAUAGUUUGCAGUACAAUCCUGCUAAUGCAUAUUGACAGAUGGCACACACUGUAGUAGUUACAGACCUAAGACAACAUAGUAUCCAUGGUUCAUGAUUUUCUGCCUCUUAUGCCAACCACGAAAUUGAUGGGAAGAGUAAGACUGGCUUUUAAGUGAGAACGCCUAUGACAUAUAUGAUAGAUCAAAUCUUGAGGAUGAAGCCUAACAAACAGAUGUAUGAAAGCCAGGGUGUAUUUCACUCUUUGUCGCUGGUUACUAUUUGUUUUAGACUGACUUUUGCUCUGGAGUGGCAAUGUUGACUAUGAGAUUACUCUGGACUGGAGGAGUGAACUGUAACACAAUGCUAGCUAUAGGUUUGGUGUGUGUGUGUGUGUGUGUGUGUGUGUGUGUGUGUGUGUGUGUGUGUGUGUGUGUGUGUGUGUGUGUGUGUGUGUGUGUGUGUGUGUGUGUGUGUGUGUGUGUGUGUGUGUGUGUGUUUGUGUGUGUGUGUGUGUGACGAACAGAGAGAGAGAUUUUAGUUAUUUUAAACUUCUUCUUAUUCAACAUUUGAGAUCUACAGUGUAUACAAUUACAAUCCAACCACUCCUGGUGAGCUAAGCAAAUUAUAUUUAAGAUAUAUACCCAAAAUAAACCAUUUUGUACUAUCCCGCCACUUAAAGGGAAAAUACAGCAUCCACUAAGAAUAAAACAACCAGCAACUGCCUCUGUGUGUGUAUUGUUUUAUUUUCUAACUGGUAGUUAAUCGAUUUUUUACAUUGAGGAGCAACUCUCCAAUUGUAGGCUACAGGAAUUUAGUUAGAUAGUUGCUGGAUUCAUAACUGUGGCUCUUUAAUGACUGUUGCUCAUUUUCCUUGUGCUUUUUUUGUCUUCCUCUUGUGAUUUCUCUUCAACAAAAGGCCCAGCCAUGCUUCCCUUCUCUGUUGUCCUUCUCCUGCUGUGUGCUACACCUCUACCCACCCCCUCUCUGGCACUGCCCUUUGAGCAGAAGGGCUUCUUGGACUUUGGGAAGAGCAUUGACGUAGAGGGGCUGAUGAUGAUGAUGAUGAAUGAUGAAGAGGAGGGCUCAGCAGUUGAGGAAUACUACAAACCAGAAUAUUACAAACCAGAACAGCCUACUUGCCCAUUCGGCUGUCAGUGUAACCAGAAGGUUGUGCAGUGCUCUGACUUGGGUGAGUUAAGAGAUACAAUGUCACAAUAUUAUAUUCUCUCCAAAUGAUUCUUCACACCAAAUAUACAAUUGUUAAUGUGUAGACAGCAGUCACACUGCACAACUGCACGUUACUUUUUAGUGCUACGUGGAGUCUUGACCAUCUGGUUUCUUCCUAAUUAUAUGGUGACAGCACACACACAAACAACAACAAAGUGCAACAUGUCCGUACAAACCAUAGCCUAGAGAAUUACUCAGCAUUUACCAAAUUACAGUAUGAAGAUAAAUUCUAACUUGUGGAUUUAUCCAGAUAUAACUUUAAGAUUGAGAACAUACUGUGUGUGUCCAAGAGGUAUAUUGUCAUGAUUCAUAGAUUGAAAAAAACUGUUAAGCAACAAUAACAAUUGUUUAUAUUACAACUGAACUGUAAUGAUUGUGAACUGACAGAAUGUGGAAAAGUGUGGAAAGUCAAGCAGGUAAGUUCAUCUCUUGUAGUUUGAUCUGCAGGUUUACACUAUGUGCCAUAUGACAUCCCCCCGGAGACCAGGCUCCUGGACCUUCAAAGCAACCAGAUCACCGAGAUAAGAGAGGAUGACUUCAAGGGACUCAGCAACCUCUAUGUGAGCACUAACAGUCAAAAUACAAAUGGUGGAAGAGAGUUCUGGCAUUUCAAUAGAAGGAAACGUCACUUGUCUGUCUUUGCUUUUUUCAUAGUAGCGCCCCCUUUCAGUGUCCAUACUGAAAAUAUACACACUUUUAACGAUGUCUCUUCAAAUAAUAUAUUGUGUACAAUAUAUAAAACAUAACUUUUUCUAUAAUGGUAAUGGGUUGAUUCGUAUCUGUGUUUGAAUAUAUCAUAGUUUAGAAUUACAAUGAAAACAGUGCUUGUAUUAUUCUAUAAGCGAUGGUCUAUAUUUCUUUUGGGUCGGGGUGGCUGGUCUCCUCAUGACCUAUCCCUCCUUUCUCAGGCUCUGGUGUUGGUGAAUAACAAGAUCUCCAGGGUGCACCCGCGGGCCUUCAUGCCCCUAAAAAGGAUGCAAAAGCUCUACUUCUCCCACAACCAGUUGACAGCCGUGCCCAAGAACCUGCCCUCCUCCCUGGUGGAGCUGCGCAUCCAUGACAACCGCAUCAAGAGGGUGGCGGCCGGGGCUUUCUCUGGCCUGGGCAGCAUGAAUUGCAUUGGUGAGAUGACAAGCUAUAGUUAGAACUUAGGCCAGAUUUACUGUGUUAGCACCAGAUUCAAAGGUAGUUUUUUUUUCUUUUUUUGGGUGGAAAAGGUCUUCGAAGUGUACAUCUAGCCACUUCAGUACUGGAGCAGGUAUUGGCAUUGACUUAAACACAUACUUUUCUUCCACAGAGUUGGGGAGGAAUCCUAUUCAGAACAGUGGUUUGGAGCCUGGAGCCUUUGAUGGACUCAAACUUACCUUCCUUCGCAUUUCUGAGGCAAAACUCACAGGCAUCCCUAAAGGUGGAAAGCAUGGCAUAACCUUUACAAUAAUGUUAUUUGGAGUGCUCUGCGAAGCUGCAGGGCAAUAUUUGUUUCAUUGAAACUUCCCACACAUUUACACUGAAAAAUCAUUUGAAUCUAUUGGUCACCUGUUUUCCUUCAACUUCCAGAUCUCCCUGAGGGUCUACAUGAGUUGCAUUUGGAUCAGAAUCAAAUUCAAGCCAUUGAACUAGAAGACCUAAGGCAAUAUGAGGGUUUGCACAGGUAGGUCUGGACAAGUAGCUUUACAAGAGGGUGUUCAAUGUCUGAGAGUUUCUAAAAGUCCAUCGCAUAAUGCAUUUAUGGGGAGUUUAUGAAUGCUGUAGAUCUAUAUAUAAUUUUUUCUUUGCUCAGAAAACUUGGGGGGCAAAAUAAAAUCACCCGCGGGCCGAAUUAGAGGGUGCCACUAUCAUGAUGAUACCCGACACCGUUUCUGUUGUGCAACUUGAACAAUUACUCUUCUAUUAUGCUGUUGUUACUUAUAUGCUUUUUAAUUUUCUUUAUAAAUAUUUUCCUUUGAAGAUAAGAAGUGAGCAUCUGAGAGAUUUUUUUAUAUAUCAUUUUUGUUCUUGGACAUAAAAGACUGUAAAAUCACCAGGAAAUUAGCUGAAAGUGAUUUUGAUUUAGGAAAUCUGAUUCCAAGUAUUCCCACGCAUAAAUAGAGAGGCAUAUGUGAUCGUAUCCCAAUGUAAUCAUCAAUGUUUGAAAUGAUUCUGUUUUUGUCAAAUACAAUAUCUGUUUGGGAUUAUUGUGGUCAAUCUGCUGUGUACAAAUUAUUUAUAACUAUGUUUCGACCGCCCGACCAUUCGCUCAAGGAAAAUCGGCCCACGGCUGAAUGUAAUUAGGGACCCCUUCUCUAGUUGGUCUGACCUUCAUUGUCUCAUCAAUCACUCGAUUUCAAUGUGUGUGUGUGUGUGUGCGUAUCCGCAUGCGUGUGUGUGUGUUAGGUUGGGUCUAGGCUACAAUCAUAUUCGCCACAUUGAGCACGGCAGCCUGUAUUACCUGCAAAACCUGAGAGAGCUGCAUCUAGAGAACAACCGGAUCCCCAAUGUCCCUGGAGGCCUUGCUGGAAUGAAGUAUCUGCAGGUAAAGUGUGGAGGAGGUUGUGAAGCAGCAUCAAUCACAUCAAUAUUGGUGAUUUCACUUGAUAUGUUAUGUUGAUAACAGUCGAUAUAUGUAAUGUUUUUUAAACAGGUGGUCUACCUUCACUCCAACAACAUCAGCCAGGUUGAGGUGAAUGACUUCUGCCCUGAGGGCUUUGGUGUGAAGAAGACUUACUACAACGGGAUCAGUCUCUUUGAUAACCCAAUCAACUACUGGGAGGUGGAGCCGGCCACCUUCCGCUGUGUCAGCAACAGGAUGGCUGUGCAGUUUGGCAACCACAAAAAGUAGUGCAUGAGAGGCACCAGUUGGGGAGGAAUAAAUGCAACUCAGAUGUAAAAUAAAUAACUUUGUUAUACAGUUCAAAAACAAUUCAUUAAUAGUCUGACGUAGCGUAAAAGAUAGAUAACUAAAAUAACUUAAGUCUGUUUUGCAUGCAUGGGGUGGGUGAUAUUGUAUAUUGGAAAAAAAUUUGGAUCAUCCUCAUCAUUUCAAUCAAUCAAUCAAUCAAAUGUAUUUCGAUAAGACUUUUGUUUUUUGUAAAAUCUUAGGUGGGUUGUUUCACAAAAUGAGUCCCUUUUGCGUCCCUUUGAUAUUUUAAGUAGAAAUUCUACACCAAUAUUGCAUUUUAAUAGCCUGUUAUA